AUGGCUCCACUUGAGGCUUUGUACGGACGUAAGUGCCGUACGCCUCUCUGUUGGCAAGAAACCGGAGAGAAAGUGUUGGCUGGACCCGAGUUGAUUCAAGUCACACAUGAUAAGAUACGGGUUAUACGUGAAAGAAUGAAAGCAGCCCAAGAUCGACAGAAAUCUUAUGCCGACAAACGACGACGACGGAUUCAGUUUGAAGUGGGAGAUAUGGUGAUGCUGAAAGUAUCACCAUGGAAGGGAAUUCUACGGUUUGGUAAGAAAGGGAAGUUGAGUCCACGUUUCAUUGGACCCUUUAAAAUCCUUGAGUGUAUUGGAAAACAAGCAUAUCGCUUGGAGUUGCCAGAAGAACUCUCCGGUAUUCAUGACGUUUUCCACGUUAGCUAUCUAAGGAAAUGCUUGGGUAAGCAUGAGGAGACCGUUCCUUUGGUGAAGGUCAAGUUGGAUAAAAUAUUGAGGUACAUAGAAGAACCCGAGGCCAUUMUUAAUGAAAGAACCGUUAAUCUCCAAAACAAGAUCGUAGAUUUGGUCCUUGUUAAAUGGAAGCAUCACCGUGGUCCGAAUUGGACGUGGGAGAACAAAGACGAAAUGAAGGCCAAGUAUCCGGAGUUAUUUGAGAGACCUUGA